AACACAGCAGUCUCCUCAGGAUGAACAGGAAAAACUCCUGGAUGAAGCCAUUCAGGCUGUGAAGGUGCAGUCUUUCCAGAUGAAAAGAUGCUUGGACAAAAACAAGCUCAUGGAUGCUCUGAAACAUGCUUCCAACAUGCUUGGUGAGCUGCGGACUUCAAUGUUAUCUCCAAAGAGCUAUUACGAGCUCUACAUGGCCAUUUCUGAUGAGCUGCACUACUUGGAAGUCUACCUGACAGAUGAAUUUGCCAAAGGAAGGAAAGUGGCAGACCUUUAUGAGCUGGUACAGUACGCUGGAAAUAUUAUUCCAAGACUAUAUCUCCUGAUAACAGUGGGUGUUGUCUAUGUCAAGUCAUUUCCACAGUCCAGGAAAGAUAUUUUGAAAGACCUGGUGGAGAUGUGCCGUGGAGUACAGCAUCCUCUUAGAGGCCUCUUUCUUAGGAACUAUCUCCUGCAAUGUACCAGGAAUAUUUUACCAGAUGAAGGCGAGCAAGCAGAUGAAGAAACCACUGGAGACAUUAGUGAUUCAAUGGAUUUUGUGCUGCUGAACUUUGCUGAGAUGAACAAACUUUGGGUGCGAAUGCAACACCAGGGCCAUAGUCGGGACAGAGAGAAAAGGGAGCGAGAAAGGCAGGAACUCAGAAUCCUAGUGGGAACAAACCUGGUUCGCCUCAGUCAGUUGGAAGGUGUUAAUGUGGAGCGAUACAAACAGAUUGUUCUGUCAGGAAUAUUGGAGCAAGUUGUAAACUGUAGAGAUGCUUUAGCUCAGGAGUACCUCAUGGAGUGCAUCAUACAGGUUUUUCCAGAUGAAUUUCACCUCCAAACCCUGAACCCAUUUCUCAGAGCCUGUGCUGAGCUGCACCAAAAUGUGAACGUGAAAAAUAUAAUUAUCGCUUUAAUUGACAGGUUAGCUUUAUUUGCACAUCGUGAAGAUGGACCUGGUAUCCCAGCAGAUAUCAAACUUUUUGACAUAUUUUCACAGCAGGUGGCUACUGUUAUACAGUCUCGUCAGGACAUGCCCUCAGAGGAUGUGGUAUCUUUGCAAGUUUCUCUCAUUAACUUGGCUAUGAAAUGCUACCCAGACCGUGUUGACUACGUUGAUAAAGUGUUGGAGACAACCGUGGAAAUAUUCAACAAACUUAAUCUAGAACAUAUUGCAACAAGCAGUGCUGUUUCAAAGGAGCUGACUAGACUUUUGAAAAUUCCUGUUGAUACUUACAACAACAUCCUGACAGUUCUGAAACUAAAACAUUUUCACCCACUCUUUGAAUACUUUGAUUUUGAGUCCAGGAAGAGCAUGAGUUGUUACGUGCUUAGCAAUGUAUUGGAUUAUAACACAGAAAUUGUAUCCCAAGAACAGGUUGAUGCUAUCAUGAAUUUGGUAUCAACACUGAUCCAGGAUCAACCAGAUCAGCCUGCUGAAGAUCCUGACCCUGAGGACUUUGCUGAUGAGCAGAGUCUUGUGGGAAGAUUUAUUCAUCUUUUGCGUUCAGAUGACCCUGACCAACAGUAUCUGAUCCUCAACACUGCCCGGAAGCACUUUGGUGCAGGUGGGAAUCAACGUAUUCGUUUUACACUUCCACCAUUGGUUUUUGCUGCAUACCAGCUUGCUUUUCGCUACAAAGAGAACUCCAAAGCG